AUGGCACUUCACCACCAAUACGAAACUGUCUAUUUCCGCUACGACUUGACCACCGGCCAAUCACUCUAUAUCUUGCAAGACCCUAUCGGCGACCUCCGUAAUUUACUUCACAAACUAGAAGAUGGCUUACACGGCUCAGCGGAGUCGUAUUGCGUUGACAGCCAAUGCAGAGUCCAAGGUCUGGCGCAGCUACAUCCAUUUACAAUGCAAUUCGUGAUCAUGUUCCACGCACUCUCCACCCAAACAGCCGAAAUGGAGGCUAUCAUCAAGUCUUUACUUUGGAUUGAAACCCAACUUCACCAAGGGUCGCUGUUCGAAAUUGCCGAGUCCGAUCGGUUCUCGCGAUAUAUACAACGCUUGCACGAGAUGUCCCGCAAGCUCAUUACCCUCGAACACAGCAACUUGCGCGAUGCCUCGCACAUCAAGCAUUUCAUUCAGGACCAUCAACGGCUUGGCAAGCUAUCAAGAAGAUAUCAAUCCCCAUCUAAAAUUGACCGAUAUGCUCACGAGCGUGUGAAAGAUGACCUGCUUUCGCUUAGAGAUUUCUGCGACGAUCGCCAUCGGCUUAUCGUCAACCUGCGCCAGCGGACAAAUAACUUCAUCACUCUUCUUUAUAAUCUGAUUACAGGCCAUGAUAGUAGCAUCAAUCUUCAUAUAGCUACCCAGAAUGCUACUAUUGCUAGCGAAGCACGAAAAGACAGCUCCUCGAUGAGGAUUAUUGCUGCCGUAACGCUGCUUUAUCUUCCCCCGACCUUUGUGUGCAGUUUGUUUGGGACUAAUUUAAUUGCCUUGGAUACAUCGAAAGGGACGAAUCUGGGCGGGUUUACAAUAUCGACCUCUUGGUGGAUCUAUUUUGCGUUCGCGGUUCCGUUGACGGCUGCUACUGUAUGUGGGUUUCUCUGGUGGCGGCGGACUCGGGAGCAGUCCAAUAUUGGGUCUAAGAGUGUCAGAAACUCGGAAUUAUUUCAUGGAACUAGUCGUCAGGAUGGUGUCUACGGUGGAUAUGUAUAG